AUGUCUAUACCGAUUCAACUCCCCGAAACAUUCGCGCAAAUUCCACGCUACGCGAUCCUCUACCCAACGCCUUCCCCAAUCCACCCCUUACCCUCAAUCACCCCCCGACUCUCCCCGCACCCCCUCAUCACCAUCCACGCCAAACGCGAAGACCACUCCUCCCCGCUAGCCUGCGCAGGCAACAAGUACCGCAAACUAGAAUAUAUAGUCCCCGACAUUCUCUCCCAAACACCCCUCCACCACGCCCACGAAAACAACCCAUCCAACCCCCAACCCCUCCGCACCCCCCGCAACAACCCUCUCGCCGCACUCGCACGAAAACUCGGUCUCAAUGCUGUAGUCCUUCUACACCGCGGCACGGGCGGCGGUCUCGCCGCGUCAUCAGAUGCAACUGCCUUCCAGCACAGCGGGAAUGUACAGAUCAACCGGCUGCUCGGGGCUGAAGUACGCGUCUGCGAGGCAGGGGAUCCGCUAGCGCUGGAUGCGACGCCCCUGCUCGACGAAUUGAGAAAAGCGGGAAAGAACCCUUAUUGGAUCCCCGGUGGGGCGAGCUUGCAUCCUCUCGGUGGACUGGGGUAUGCGCGGGCUGCGUUUGAGAUUGUUGCACAGGAAGCGGAGAUGGGACUUGCUGGGUCCGGCAGGUUCGAUUAUGUGUUUGUUGCUUGUGGGAGUGGGAGUACGGUUGGUGGGUUGGUAGCUGGGUUUAAGCUGCUGGAGAAAUUGGAGGGAGAUAGAGGGUCUAGGAAGGUUAUUGGGAUUCUUAAUUCGCCUACUAAGCCGCGGGCGUAUCAUGAGAAGAGGGUGCUUGCUUUUGCGAGGAGGGCGGGGGAGUUGAUUGGGUUGGAUGUGGGCGAGAUUGGGGUUGAGGAUGUAAGGCUUGACGAUCGGUUUGUUGGGAGUGCGUAUGGCGUUGUUGAUGAGGAGAGUAGAGAGGCAAUUGUGGAUAUGGUGCGGAUGGAAGGUAUGGUGCUGGAUCCUGUUUAUACGGCUAAGGUUGCGAGAGGUAUGAUGCAUUGGGUGAAUGAGGGUGAAGUUGUGGACUCUGCUCGGCCAUCGGAUGUGGUUAAUGUGUUAUUCAUUCAUACGGGUGGACAAGCUGCCUUGGGAGCUUAUGCCGAUGUCAUAUAG